GGCACAUUCUCCUUAUCUGUACCGGCAGAGCUUUGGCAGUCGCAUUUUUGUCGGUGUCAUUCACAGUAGCUAGCUUUAGUAUGACUUGUGUGGCACCAGCUGCUUACAAUUGUACUGUUGUUUUGAUCUGACCCUGGUCUCUUCGUCCCGUACAGCAAGCCGCUUUCUGCUCGGCGAGCACCCUUCCGCAGCUAGUGUCCACGGCGUCCUCGCAUAGCCACUACUCCGGCUCCCAUUCCCAUCAGUCGGCCAGCGGAGGCAUGAAGUUGGAGGCGGUCAUGGAGAACCUGCAGCGACAGCAGGCUGCUCGUCUGGCUCUGGAGGAGAAACUCCGGCAAGCGGAGAAAGAAAAGGACCUCAGGUCCAUGGUGGAGUCCCAGAUUCAGCAGCAAGCUAUCGCUUUCCGUCACUACCAGGCGGCGGUUAGGGGCGCUUUCGCCGCAGGAGUACCGGAUUCGUCCACGGGGGGAGGCUCAGCAGUGGAUCGCCAACUUGCCCAUCGCGAUGUACCGAGACAUAACGCGGACGACUCCGAUAUGGACGAUGAAGUAGACUGUGAUCGCGGCAUGGCAGAUGAAGAAGAUCGCGACCCCGAGGAAGAUGAAAUGGAGAAUGAGGGAGACGUAGACGAAGACAUGAAGGGAUCCUUGACUCACUAUCAGCCCCGCCACACGCUGCACAGCGGAGCGGGGCAAUCCCCAAAGAGCAAUGCCGUACAUGUGCUCUCCAGGGUCGGACAGCCUUCGUAUCUGGCGUCGAGGCAACCCGAAUCCCCGAGUGAAGUGGCAACACACGGACAAUCACAACACCACGACUGGACUUACGAAGAACAGUUCAAACAAUCAGGCAAGGCCGGCGGAACAGAGAGGACGCUGGGAAAUGCAAGUUUGGGUAUCGGUGGUGGCUCCUCGUCUCUGAUCCAGGAGUUGUAUGAGCUGGAUGAUGACGAGAAAAGAAAGGAGUUUCUUGACGACCUCUUCAGUUUCAUGCAGAAGAGAGGGACUCCGGUGAAUAGGAUUCCUAUCAUGGCCAAGCAGGUCCUGGAUCUCUACACCCUCUACAAGCUUGUCACUGAAAAAGGAGGCUUAGUGGAGGUCAUCAAUAAGAAAAUAUGGCGCGAGAUCACCAAAGGCCUGAAUCUCCCUACCUCCAUCACAAGUGCAGCUUUUACCCUCCGAACACAGUAUAUGAAGUACCUCUACCCUUAUGAAUGUGAAAAGCGGGGGCUCAGCUCUCCGGGCGAGCUACAGGCAGCUAUCGACAGUAACCGGCGUGAGGGUCGCAGGCAGAGCUACGGGGCGGCCAUGUUUAACUACUCCCCUGUGGGCACGCCCACCCUCCUCUCCUCGCCAAAGAUCCAGAUGCCCCACAUCGCCAUGCCGACCGCCAAUGGCAGUCACAUGACCCACGGGGUGGCCAUUAAGAAAGAGUAUGAGCAGAGCAUGAGCAGCAGGAUGUCUCUGAGCGGGCAGCAGGUGGCAGCGGCCCAGGCCGUAGCGGCUCAGGCCGUGGCGGCUCAGGCGGCCGCUGCAGCGCAGGCCGUGGCCCUGGAGCAGCUGCGGGAGAAGCUGGAGUCGGGCGAGCCUCCGGAGAAGAAGAUGAUGCUGAUGGCCGAAGAGCAGCAGAGAAUAAUGCAGCACGCCCUCCAGCAGAACCUCUUCGCCAUGGCAACCCAACUGCCAAUGAACAUCAAGCUCAACAACAGAGAUGAUAGACAAGAGACCGCAUUGAACCUGUCUACCAACGGCAUUAGCAGCAUCAACAUGUCAAUAGAAAUAAAUGGAGUUGUCUACACAGGUGUCCUGUUCGCCCGGAAGCCUGCCAUUCCCAUGAUGCAAGGGAACAACAGCAGCCUGCACAGCACUCAGGGAAAAACCAGCCCGGGGCUGUCCGCACACAUCCAGCCCUCCUCUUCCUCCUCUUCCUCAUCCUCAUCAUCGGCCCACGGACAAGCCUCCAGCAGCUCCUCCCCCUGAGUGACCUCCCUCCAAUCACAAACGCAUUGCGUUCACCCAGCGAUCCCCUCCUCCAAUCACAAACGCAUUGCGUUCACCCAGCAAUCCCCUCCUCCAAUCACAAACGCAUUGCGUUCACCCAGCAAUCCCCUCCUCCAAUCACAAACGCAUUGCAUUCAUCCAGCGAUCCCUUCCUCCAAUCACAAACGCAUCGAGCAGUCUUAUAUAAACAAAGGAAAACAUCUCUGCUGUUUUUGAGAUGGCUUUUUUUUCAUAUUAUUUUUAAGUUUCCGAGUUCCACUGAAAUAAUCACGUUUAUAUACAAAGGAAUAAACUUCCAGAAAAAAAGAAAAUCUAAUUAUUGUAUUCUACCUGACUCUGAACAGUGACUUUACAAGUGAUCUUGAGCACAUAAGUAAACACACUAUACUGAAGAGUCACUUCUGUUGAGUGAAAUAAUUCUAGGCAGAGCAUCAUAAAUCCCAAGACAACCACGUUGAAGAGAUGUACAACUAUAAAGAAGACAUGAGAACUACUGACUCUGUACACUUUGUAAUCUGAGGACUCUGUAGAUUAUGUUCAACCCCUGCAGAAACUGUGGUCCAUGAUGCAUACGUAGUUUGUUGGUUGUAUUCCUACUGUAACCAAGGCAGUACAUUUAUGAAAUGAUUGAAAUAAUCUUAAAAUCUAACAUGCAUUUGCUUAAAAAGUCAAAGAGCAGGACGUGCCUACUCUCAACUGAUACCAAAGAAAUAUACAAUAUAAUAAUUGUUUCUUUUUAAAGUUAUGUAAUAUCACUCAGUGUGAGCAUUAAUGAAAUAGGUUUUCUAUUAGAUUUCUAACCGUGUAGAUGCACAAGAAACAAGAGCAGCUGCUUUGAUGAGCGCGCAGGUCUAGUUCAGCAUUAACUGAGAAAGUGAUUAAAUUGGCAGAAAGCUAAGCACAUCCCACUGAGGAAAGGAGAGCGUCUACAAUCAGAACCUCGCUCAUGUCGAAGCGCUCUUCUGUUUCGCAAGAAGCGAGUCUCGGCGACUGACUGCAGGGAAUGUAUUUUUAACCAGACUGGCUUUUCUAUCGACACAUUGGUUAAUAUGGCAUGACAACAGCAGCAGCUGCACUGAUAUCGAAGGCAGGUAGUUCUUUAUUCGCCCGCCUUCCUCUUCUGCGCGGUAAACCAGCGCGACAGCUCGCUAGCCCCGAUUGCUUCACUAAUGGCCAAAGAGCUGUUACAAAACUGGUUCUUACGGUAAUGGGAAAUUGCAUGCCUCUCUUUACAGACAUCAACAGAUACCUAUAUUCUGAGCAGAUAAUAGUCUGUAGAUUAAUACUCAUAUCAGCCGCUCGGCGAUCACCAGUGAAGUUUGAGGAGUGUAAAAUGGCAGAAAGGCCACAGACAGUCAAGUGAUGUGGGCUUCUGCAGCCUGGCGGGCCAUGAAAUGGCGUCAUUGCGUUGUCAUGGCGGGCACUAGCAGAGACUAGGGAAGAGCACUUCAGUACUACACCCAGGAAGAGCUGGACAGACAGCCGGAUCAAACAGGUUAUAACCGGAUAACCUGGAUAAAUUUGAAAAGAGUGGGAAUAUCAAAAAUUAUGUAGUGGCUUUGUUGUGAAUAGAUUGGAGUUUUUCAUUUUUACCGAUGCACUUGUGUCGAGGUUUUUGGAGAUCUCUCACGCUCACGCUUUUUUUUAUUUCUCGCUCUCUCACACUCUCAGAAAUCUUUUGGAGGAUAAUGGGGAAGACGGUUUGAAGAUAUUCUUGUAUUUAGUUUUUUAGUCUGUUCAACAUAUAGUUUUGAUUUUUAUUUAUUUUUGUUUUUAUUUUAUUUCAUGUUAAUUCUGGGGCUGUAACCAUGAAUUCAGCUGCAUAGCUUUAUUUGAAAACCCUUUUUUAAACCAGCCAGAUACCUCACAGAUGUACCUGUAUAUACAUAACAGAUUAUAAAUACAAAGUAUACCUCAUAUAUUUCAUUUCUAUUAUUUUUAUUGUAAAGCCACUUGAAAAAAAAUCUUUUUGUUUCAACAGAUCACUGGAUUUUUUUCAUAUUUUGUAUUGUUAUACUAAAGAAGGGAAUAUUUUAUGAUAGUACAUCUACCUCAUUUGUUAUAGACUGUGCCAACAAACAUGACCACAUUCUUUAAUUUCCAGUUUUAACUGUAGCUUCAAGGUCCACACAUGCUAUUUGCGUGAAUACAAGGUGUACUGAGGCCGAAAGCAAACAAACAGUAGGUGGACCAUUUAGGACGUGAAGCACCCUGCUCACAUUUCUUGUUUGGGUUUUGUACUGGUGUAUUGUUGUGUGGAAAAUGGCAGAAGGAUUUUAUUUUAUUUCAUUUCGACAAUAUUCUGUCUCAAGUUGUUUUAAUGAUGUGUAGAUAUGUGAUAUGGGGUAGAACACAAUGUUAAAACACAUGCUUAUACGACAGAUAUUUUGCUGUGAAAUGUCCUAUCAUGAAGAUAAGCUGUUUAAACUUCUCGUUUUCAGCUGUCAGUUCUGUAUUGUAGGUGGCUGUGUACUUAGCUCAAUUCCACAGUGUCUACUUAAUAUAUUUUUUCAGGUCAGGACAUUUAAUUGCAAGAAAAUCUAAUUGUAAGAGAUCUUAGCAUAUCUCAUCAGUUCCUGCAGAGAAUUUGGAAAAAGGAAAGUACUUUUCCGGUUCAAACUCACUCCAUUUCCACAACAUAAUUGGCUGUUUGGCAGCAUAUCCGAUAACUCUCUGAAGAAUGUAAUAUCUUUAUUGUCUGUUUAUCCCUCCCUUUGUACAUGUACAUGAUUGAGAAUGUUCAUCCUCUGUCACUCUUAUAAAGGUUGAUUUGCUGAAGGACAAAAGUACUUAAGGGGUAUAAAACAGGGCCCAAAGAAUAUGCACAUUUUUUACUUAGUGGUGUAAGUAGAAGUUGCUUUUCGAUUUGCAUAUCAGAAAUGUAUCGACUUGGUAUCUCAGCCUUGGCACAGUCUAUUCCUAACGUAUAAGACAGUCAAUUCUGUACCUUCCUACUCCUGCUGGAUGUUAGGGGUACCAACACAAGAGGAGAACAGAUUCAUGCCAAUAACUGGAAAGUCUGUUGCUGACUGUUAAUCAAGAACAUGAUAUCACUGUAAUCCUUGCUACCAAAGAUUUUAAAAAAGCAACAAAUUUCACAUAGCUUUGUAAAAAAAAAUGUUUAAAAGAUUUCAGACAACAAAAGCUUUAAGAAAAUACAAAAUAUACAAUAGCAUUGGAGAAAAAAAUAUAUUCGCUUAUGUCUAAAUAAUAUGUUGUUUACGUUGUUUAGUAAUUUUAGCUAUGCUAUGCUGGUAGAUGGUAGAUCCUGUAUGGGCUUUAACUAGCUGUGUAUGAAGCUUUAAAUAUUUCUGUUAUUUCCCUUUUGUUCAUUUUGGAUAAAUCCAGUGCAUUAUGGGAAAACUGGAUUAUGGUGCUCAGGGGUUAAAAAAACGUACAAAAAAAACAGGUGAAAGAGAUUUUUUGUUUUGCCAUUUGAAUUGUAGCACAUUUAGAAAUAAAUAUUGCUUUAAACUUCAUAA